AUGUCGCUGUCGCUGGAGUGUUUACCACCAGAAGUCCUCCUCCGCAUUCUCUUCUUCCUGGAGAUCCCCGACUUGCUCCAAGUGAGUCGCACAUGCCACACGCUGCGUGAAAUCGCUUGCGAUCCGCUGCUUCACCUGGAGCGACUGCACCAUGCCUCCCACACCCUGUCCAUCCUGUUAGCCCGGCGGCCGUCCAGAUCUGCCAUUAGUCCUCCCAAUUCAUGGAUAUGGCUCAGCAAGACCAAUGUCCUGUCGCGGCAGAUCAGCAAGAGCUUAAUUCGCAUCCGGCUGAGCCACAACCUCGAACACCGACCCAGUCCCUAUGACUUGGUGCAGAGAGCAAUCCUUCCGUCAACAUGCACAAGCUAUUCCUCGCCGGUUUCGCCGGUCCUGAUACAAUCACAACAGGCGGUCCAAAAGAGCCAAUUAAAGGAUGGAUUAUGUCGCAAAUUGGAGCGUCGGCCGAGUGUGAAUAGUUUGGUGUCACUCAACAUCAUGCCUGAAGAAUGUGUCCGGCACAGUGUUUCCCCUGCCAUCGUGGCCACGAGGCGCAAGGUGAUUAGAGAGAGCUUGAAGGAUGGGCUCCGUGCAUGGGUCGAAGGCCGUGCCAUACAAGCUCAAAAGAGGAAAGCAGAUGAGAUGGAUGCUACGGAAAAGAUUACAGUCAAGAGCUUGGUCAGGAGAUUUGCCGCGAGAAAGGUCACCGUUGACUUGGAGUGCAAGAGAGGAGGUCGUCUUGAUCCACUCGUUGCAGAGAAGCGGAGGGCCCAGGCGAAAUGGGGCAGGGAGGUAGAGCUUGCAAAGAUCGAUGAAGAACGAAGAGCUGCCACGAAUGGUGCUUGUGCCCAGCCGACGCGGGCGCAUGUCCUGGGGCUCAAAAGGUUCUGGGAGGGAGUCAUCAGGGCGGCUGCCGGAUGA